GUACAAGCUUUGUAUCCGUUUUUGAUUCUAUCAUCGAGGAAGUUAAAAUAAUUGAUAAGGAUGUGGCUAUAAUCUUCUUCACUGAUGGCCAAGAUGGAAGUGGUGCUGAUAGACUUAAAGAAAGUGAAAAAAUAUUGGAGACAGCUUUGUCGGCAACUUCUCAUUCUACCGAAGUUCAUACUAUAGGAUUCACGAGAAGUCACGAUGCUGUUGGAAACAAAGAAGGUAAUUUCCAGUACGUCAGUGAAAGUGAAAAGAUUGUCGAAACUAUGGAAACAACUCGAAAAUUAUUGGAAUUAAAAGAUCUAACUCUUUACGUAAAAGUCGGAGACCAAGAACCAUUACCAACAACAUUUGAUGAUAAAGGAUAUGGAAAACUCUUUCUUUCUGGAACUGCAACUAAUGUUGAUGAUAAAAAAAUUACCAUUUUAAAAGACCUGGAAAGCUCAAAAGAAUAUGAAAUUCCUACACUCCCUAGUCAAAUUCCUGCUAACGAUUCAAUGGCGACUUCAUUGAUAAUUUCCCACAUCCAAUUUGAGAUCACACAAAUGACAAAUGAAGUUUUAAGUCAUAAGAAUAAUUAUGUCAAUAAACGUGAAAGGCUUGAUGAAAUUUUGGAACAAGCUAAUAAAUAUAAUGAACAAUUAAAUUCAAUGUUGGAAACUACUUUUAAAUCAAAAUCUUUCAAUCGCAAUUCGACUAUACAGCAAAUUAUGGAAGGCACAUUAACUAAUGAAAAAAUCGCAAGCUUCAAUGAUUUGGCAUAUAAGAAUAUAACUAAGCAAAGACUAAAAAAUAAACUUGAAGAUCGAGCAAUUAAAAACAUCGACUUAAUGGAAGAAUCCGAAAAAAAGAUUGAAGAACUCGUAAAGUCAAUUGACUUUGAUGAAUUGGAUAGUCAAGAGUCUGAGGAUAAUAAAACAAAAUUUACUUGCCUCAUUACCACAGAUAAUUACAUUGAAGCAAUGAAAGGAGGAGAAUGUAUUUGUCUAGCCCUUGAUGUUGCACGAUCUCAAGCAGCUAUCGCAGACCCUUCAUUAAUUAAUAUUAAAGCGAUUAAUCAAACUUUCUUAAGUUCUGGUGCGUUUUUGGAUUCUGUUCGAUUUGCCUUAAAUGAAGCUUAUGACGCUGAAGACGUUCAUGGAGGCUUUAAACCGGCUUCAUUUAUAGCUAGCAUCGUACAUGGUGUAGCAAAUGAAAAUAUUACAGACAUUGUUGCCAAUAAUUUUGUUUAUCUUGGUCAUAUGCUAUGUGCCUUAAGAUGUGGAGAUAUUAGUCCCCAAGACGUUAAAAGAUGGUUACAAGAUGGGUUGGUUGUAUAUUUAAUAGAAGAGUUAAUCCGAAGAAGACUUAACAAAUUUGAAGUGAUUGAAAAUGAAAUGUCAAAUAUUGAGAAAGUUUUGGGCAUUGACCAAAAGAAAUACAUCGAUGAACCAAUUAAGGAGUAUGAAGAUAGUUAUG